AUGGCCUCAACUGAAAAAAAAAUUUCCAAAGAAGACAUAAGUAAUGAGGAAGGGAAUGAAAAAGAGGAAAAGAAAUCAAACAAUAAGGAUUUAUUAGAAAAUAAUUCAGAGAAGUCCUGUUCUGGUAUACAGAAAACUAUUAGGUUAUUGAACUUAUUUAGUAAUAGUGAAAAGAAAAGGAAAAUUGAUAUUAGUACUGAAGAAUGUACUGAUAAAAUAUUAGAAAAACAAAAUACUUUAAGUUCAAAAGAUAAAGAUCAAAAUUCUUUUAAUUAUAUGAAUAAUGAAUAUAUGAUUGAAAAAGGAAAUGUAAAAUUAUGUGAGGAUCAGAGAGAAGGUACACAUACUCGUAUGAGUCAUUUGGGGAAUGAGGGAUCUUACAAUAAAACUGUUUCUACUUUUGAAAAGAAUGAAACUAAUGAUGAGAAAAAGAAUGAUAUAAAAAUGAACGAUAUAAAAAAUGGCGACAUAAAAAAUAAUGAUAUAAAUAAUGACGAUAUAAAAAAUGGCGACAUAAAAAAUAAUGAUAGAAUAUCAUUAUAUGGGAAAUCAAAGAAAGGAGAAGAAAAAAAUAGAUAUAGUAAAGAAAAAACAAGUAUCCAUGUACAUGCAGAAGUAGAAAAAAAAGAUAAUAUAAAACAUUUUUUUGAUUACACCAAAUAUCGAAAUAAAUGUAAUGUAACAUUUUCAAUGAAAUAUAAAGAUAGUUCUGUAAGUCUAAGUAAUGACAAGUUAACUUGUUAUGGUGAUAAAGGAUGGUCAAGUGUGUUUGUAAAUAAUGGUGCAGACAUUGGAAAAUGGUAUUAUGAAAUAAAAAUUGAAGAACCUGUACAGAAUUUCAACUUUUUAGGUUAUAAAGAUAAAAUUAUAAAAGUCAAUCCAUAUAUAAGAGUUGGUUUUGCUUGUAGAUAUAUGAGAUAUGAUUAUCCUAUAGGUACAGAUAAAUAUAGUUAUUGUGUUAAUAGUAAAAAUGGAAAAAUAUUUAAUAAUUCUAUUAGUUAUGAUUGUAUGGAACCUUUUAAUGUAGGUGAUAUUAUUGGUUGUUAUUUAAAUUUAAAAAAUAAAAAUUCAUAUAAUUUUGAUCCAAGAUUAGAUAAAAAGUUAUAUGAACAUUUACAAAAUGGAAUAUUAUGUGAUCCAAAAAAUCCACCUCUCUUAAAAAAAAAUGAAGGUUCAACAAUAUUUUUUUCUUUAAACGGGCAAAUAAAAAAAACAUCCUUUAUGGAUAUUUAUGAAGGAUUUUAUCAUCCUUCUGUAAGUUUAUAUAUGGGAGCAUCAGCUAAAAUUAACUUAGGCCCUAAUUUUACAUAUAACCAUUUGCAGGAUUAUGUCCCAUGUGUAUAUAUGGAGCCUCCCAUCGUAUUAUAA